UUAAGAUGGUGUAUAUUGCAGUCGGAUCCCGGCAGCAGCUGCAGCGGCUCUUGUCUCGUAGCCUCUCCUCGCUAUCGCCUUUUCGCUUCCGGAAACAUGGCCUCCGGUGUGGCUGUGUCUGAUGGGGUCAUCAAAGUGUUCAACGACAUGAAAGUGCGUAAGUCGUCGACACCAGAGGAAGUGAAGAAGCGCAAGAAGGCGGUGCUCUUCUGCCUGAGUGAGGACAAGAAGAACAUCAUCCUGGAGGAGGGCAAGGAGAUCCUGGUGGGUGACGUGGGCCAGACGGUAGACGACCCUUAUGCCACCUUUGUCAAGAUGCUGCCAGACAAGGACUGCUGCUACGCCCUCUAUGACGCAACCUACGAGACCAAGGAGAGCAAGAAGGAGGACCUGGUGUUCAUCUUCUGGGCCCCUGAGUGUGCACCCCUUAAGAGCAAAAUGAUCUAUGCCAGCUCCAAGGAUGCCAUCAAGAAGAAGCUGACGGGGAUCAAGCAUGAAUUACAAGCAAACUGCUACGAAGAGGUCAAGGACCGCUGCACCCUUGCAGAGAAGCUGGGGGGCAGCGCCAUCAUCUCCCUGGAGGGCAAGCCUUUGUGAGCCCCCUCCAGCCCCCUGCCUGGAGCAUCUGGCAGCCCCAGACCUGCCCACGGGGGUUGCAGGCUGCCCCCUUCCUGCCAGACCGGAGGGGCUGGGGGGAUCCCAGCAGGGGGAGGGCAGUCCCUUCACCCCAGUUGCCAAACAGCCCCCCCCACCCCCUGGACCUUCCUCCUCCCUCCACCCCUGACGGUUCUGGCCUUCCCAAACCGCUUUUGAUCUUGAUUCCUCUUGGGUUGAAACAGACCAAGUUCCCCCCCCCCCCCCGCCCCGGAACCCCUGUUUGGGGGGGGCCUGUAUUUUUUUUAACGACACCCCAGGCCCCCACCUGUUCCUCCCCUUUCCCAUGCUGCCAA